GCAUGAGUCACUUUCAUGCUUUCCCCUCCGCCAAGCCUCCGAGAUCCCCCCCCACCGCCGCUGAUUGGCGGAGCGGCGCGUGCGCUGCGGUGUGGAGGGGCGGGCGGCGGCGCUUACAAAGCGCGGCGGCGAAGGUCACAGGCGGAGGAUUGGCUGGCGAGGGAGCGCGUGGAGGGCCGGGCGCGUUCUACGCGCGGCUACUCCGCGUUCGGAGCGGGCGGGCCAGCGUUCCACGGGCUGCUCCCGAGCGUUCCACCGGCCGCUCCGGCAAUGGAGGCCGUCGGCGCGCUGCUGGCCGGCUGCCCGGUCGCCGGCCUGGCCGGGGGGCUGGGGGUGACCGUCUGCGCUGCCGCCGGGCUGCUGCUCUACAAGAUCGCGCGGAGGAAGAAGCCCACACACAUGACUGUGAACUGCUGGUUCUGUAACCAGGACACGGUGGUGCCGUAUGGGAAUCGCAACUGCUGGGACUGUCCCUACUGUGAACAAUACAAUGGCUUCCAAGAGAACGGCGACUACAACAAGCCCAUUCCUGCCCAGUACAUGGAGCACCUAAACCACGUCGUGUCAGGCGCCACCACCUUUUGCGACCCCACCAAGCCACAGCAGUGGGUGAGCAGCCAGAUCUUGCUGUGCAAGAAAUGCAACAACCACCAGACCAUGAAGAUCAAGCAGCUGGCGUCCUUCGCACCCAGGGAGGAGGGUAAAUAUGACGAGGAGAUCGAGGUAUAUAAGCACCACUUGGAGCAGACCUACAAGCUGUGCCGCCCGUGCCAGGCCGCUGUGGAAUAUUACAUCAAGCACCAGAACCGGCAGCUCCGGGCGCUGCUGCUGAGCCACCACUUCAAACGCCGGGAGACCGACAAGCCCUAUAUGCAGAGCUUUUGCUCCUCCUCUUCCUCCUCCUCCAUGAGCACCCCGACUCAGGUGAUAAUUCUGCGGUUCCUGACCUUCCUCAGCUGUGCGUUCCUUGUCCUGAUGGCCUUGUAUGGGUCAGGUGACCCCUUCUCACUCAAAGGCACGGCCCCUGCUCCUAUGGAAUCUGGCCCCACUGCCAUCAGGAAUGGGACUGGAGCGAGCCCAGCAGCGGCCUCGGAGAAUCGCACUCUCCUGGGAGUUGCAGGCUGGUGGGAGCUGCUCCACCUGCUGCCAGAGCAAACGGUGAAGAACUUGAGUGUCGCUUGGACCUACGGGAGGAACCAUCAGAUUGCGGUCGUCGUCCUCGGGCUGGUCACCUGCCUGUUAGCCAUGCUCCUGGCCGGACGGAUCAGGCUGCGGAGAAUCGAUGCCUUCGCCUCGGUCCUGUGGCUCCUGGUGAUGGGUUUGCACUUGGCUGAAAAGUACCUGAAGGCGGACACACCCAGCUGGCUGGACACAGCCAAAUUCGGCACCACAUCCCUGUGCUGCCUGGUGGGCUUCACCGCAGCAGUGGCCACGCGAAAGUCAACGGGCCAACGGAGAUACCGGCCCCGAAGGUUUCUUUCCGGGGAUUCGGUCGCUCUGUUCCCCAACGGCUCUGGGAUUGGCUUCCCUUGUUCCGCUGCCUCGCCGUCUGUUUUUAUCCCAACGCCCCCCAGCAUCCUCCAGCUGACGAAUCAGCAGUUCUUCAGAUCCCCACGCAGGGCUUCUUCUUCCUCGCUCCCUGGACGUCUGAACAGGGCCCUCUCGCUGGGCACCAUCCCUUCCCUAGCCAGGACAGAUUCUGGCUACUUGUUCAGUGGAAGCCGCCCGGCGUCCCAGGGAUCUCAGUCCAAGGAGUCGCCUGCAUCAGGUAAGGGCGAGAACUUGCAGUGCCGAGGCUCCCAGGGAUUGAAAUGAUUUGCUAAAACAUACGGUAGAAGGUUAACCCUAUUUCUUCCCCAACUCUUCCCUCCUGCCAACUUUCCAAUGAAAGGUCAGAGUAAUCGUUAGUAAGAUUGCAGUAGCGCCUGGUAGCCUGAACUGAGACUCAGACCCUCAUCACGCUGUACUUCCACACAGUAAGGCAACCCCCGGCCGGAAAAGCUUACAAUUAAGUAGACAAGACAGACCUAGGAAGGGUUACUUCCCCAUUCUGUAGAUCAGGCCUGGAGCGGUUAUGUGGCUUACCCAGUGGGCUACAGCAUCUGCAGUAGAAUCAAGAACUGAACCCAAAUCUCCAGUGUCCAGUGCAGUGCGUUAAACACAAGACCAGCCUUCCUUGGAUUUGGACAUUAACAUGACAUGACAUUAACAUGAUGCCUGUUGAGUGGGUGAGGGUCAGAGUGACUUCCAAACACGAUUAUUUUUCCAGAUCAUACAGCUCCAAAGGUCUCUGCAGUGCAACUCCACUGCUAAAAUCCUUCCCCGUUCCCUCACCCACCAAAGUCAGGACCACGGUUUGCUAGUGUAGUGAUGCAUCAGCAGUGCUACAGCUACGAGUCCUCCUCAUCGCCCUUUUUAAAACCGAAUUGCAAAUGGUUUCCUAACAGGUAUCCAAUUGGAAUAAAAAAAUGGGGGUGGAAAAUCUAGUAUUUCUCUCACACACACAC